AUGGCCAAGUGUCGCACGGACUGCCUGGAGAGACACCUGCGGAUCUGCUUUGAGAUGUUGGGCUGUUUUAUUGGAUCCCAUCCCCGGUGGUUCCUGCUCGCCCCCGUGGUUCUCGCGACAGGCCUGGGGAGUGGGUUUUAUUUUCUCACGGAUAGGAUGUCCAACAAUAUCGAAGAACAGUUCACACCUGUUGAUGGUAAAGCCAAGAUGGAGAGGAAAUACAUCCGAGAAACUUUUCCAGGAAAUGAGUCCAUCUUUUCAAGCUUAAGGCUGAGCACAAGUGGGAAUUAUGCAACUCUCAUAGCUACAAGUGACAGGAAUAUCCUGACAGUGGAGUCACUACAGGACAUCCUACAGUUGGACUAUAGAAUAAGGAGUAUGGUAGUGCAGUUUGACAACAGGUCAUUUGAAUAUGUGGACGUCUGUGCCGACAUGAUGGGAUCCUGCACCUCUAAUGAUAUUCUAGAUAUAAUUAAAGACAAUGCCAACAGUAUCGAUGCUGUCAAUUUGACAUUUCCGUGGUAUCGGUCUGAUUUUAGGAGUGUUCCUCUAUAUUUAAGUCUGGGGAGUGUUAAAUUAAAUAAGGAGAGCUCAGUUGUUGAAAGUGCUGAAGCCAUACAGCUCUACUACUAUUUACGAGAGGACACCAAAGCAAAAACAGAUCUGUGGUUGGAAAGUUUCAUCAAUUUGGUCUCAAAUGAAUCAUCAACUUCCAUUCAGGUGUCAUACUCCACCUCCAUGUCAAUACAGUGGGAAUUUGAGAAAUCUCCAGCUUCUGUCAUCUAUCUAUUCUCCAUCACCUACAGCAUCGCCAUCACCUUUUCAAUUAUAUCAUGUUGGAGGUUGGAUAAUGUGCGGACGAAGGUGUGGGUGGCAUCUUGUGGGGUGCUGUCCACAGGUCUGGCAGUCCUCAGUGGUUUUGGUGCGCUGUUGUUGCUGGGCCAACCUUUUGUCAUGACAGCUGCCUCCUGUCCUUUCAUGAUAUUAGGUAUUGGACUUGAUGAUAUGUUCAUCAUGAUCUCCUGUUGGCAGAGGACCCGUGUUCUGGACAGCGUCCCCGACCGGCUCGCUCAUACCUACAGGGAAGCUGCCGUCUCCAUCACCAUCACCACCCUGACUGACGCUCUGGCUCUCUUCCUGGGCUACAGCUCGCCCUUUGGCUCAGUCCAGUCCUUCUGCCUCUACGCUGGCAUUUCUGUUUGCUUCUGCUAUUUGUACAACAUCACUUUCCUGGGGGCUUGUGUGGCUUUGAACGGACACAGGGAGGCAGAGAACAAGCACUGGUUCACCUGUGCCAAAAUCCCAGAAGACUUACCGCCCAGGACCUCAAAAGCCUUCAGUGUCUGCUGUGUUGGAGGGAGCUACGAUUCAAUGACUGAAAAGGAGGAAACUGAGUCCAUAAGCCACAUUUUUGAGAAGUUCUAUGGCCCAUUUCUGACCCACAAACUGAUCAAAGCAAACGUAUUUGUCAUCUAUGCAGCCUAUCUGGCUGUCAGUAUCUAUGGCUGUUGGAUCUUAAAGGAGGGCCUCGAUAUCAGGAAUCUGGCUUUGGAUGAUUCCUACAUCAUCGAUUACUACAAUAAUCAAAGGCAGCACUUUUCUGAAUAUAGCUGCAAUGUGAUGGUGGCGGUGAAACAGUCGUUUCCAUACUGGGACGAGGAAGGACAAAAGCAAUUGUACUCAUGCAUCUCAAAUUUUGAAAGUUUGAACUACGUCAACAACACAUUCGCUUGGUUUCUCUCCUUUCAGCAGUUUGCAAAUGCAACCAAUCUCAACAUAAGCUCUCAAGAGGCUUUCCACACCCAUCUGCCACAUUUCUUAGAGCUCGCCUCUGUGUUCAGACAAGACCUCAACAUGACUGCAGCCAAUGAGAUUCAGGCCUCUCGCUUUUUCAUUCAGACACUCAACAAAACCACAGUGAAGGACAUGAUGGUUGGACUCAGGAAGACAGCAGAGGAAUGUCCAGUAGCGCUCCUGGUGUACCACCCUGCGUUCAUCUUCUUUGACCAGUAUACUGUCAUCAUGGACAACACCAUUCAAACCGUCCUGGUGGCUGUGACUGUGAUGUUAGUCGUCUCACUCGUCCUGAUACCCAGCGUCCUUUGCUCUGUGUGGGUGGCUUUUGCGGUUUGUUCAGUCAUGGUCGGUGUGACAGGAUUCAUGGCGCUGUGGGGUGUAAACCUGGACUCCAUCUCCAUGAUCAACCUCGUCAUGUGCGUUGGUUUCUCUGUGGAUUUCUCAGCACAUAUUUCUUACUCUUUUGUCUCCAGUCCCAAGAGUGAUGUCAAUGAGAAAGCCACGGAUGCUUUGGCCCAUCUAGGGUAUCCUAUCCUGCAAGGAGCACUGUCCACUGUGUUAGGAGUAGUGGUGCUGUCCGUGUCUGGGAGUUACAUCUUUAGGACGUUCUUCAAGGUUGUGUUUCUUGUAGUUACAUUUGGGCUGCUCCAUGGCUUAGUCUUCAUUCCAGUGUUUCUGACACUGAUUGGAGCCUGUGAGAAAUGUUGUUAA